GUUGACUAAUCCCAACGAAACCACUCUUUCUCUCUCUUCUUCCCCUUCUCUAACACAGUUUAGAAACAUUGUGAUACCCAUUUUUCCUUAGUCAGUGUCUCUUCUCAGCUUAUUCUCACAUCCCUCUCUUUCUCUGUCUUUGAGGUUCACUUAAACAACCUAAUAAAGCACUCAUCUUUCAGCUUCACAUGCUCUUGUAUUUUGGUACUAGGGAAUUAUAUAUCUAGCUUCAAUUAUUCAACUACUGUUGCUGUUUCAUCCAAUUCCUGCAGCUACUUCAAGCUAUGGAGUUUGUAGUAAAGAUUUUCCUGCUUCCAAAGAUUCAGUCAUCAAUGACAACAAUACUAUAGUAUCAGGCUCCAGGCUCUGAAGUGGAGGUGGAGGCUUUUUCUUGACAAUUUGGUAUAGACAACAACACCAAAUAAAAAUGAAGUUCAUGAAACUUGGGACAAGGCCAGAUACUUUCUACACUGAACAAGCUACCAGAACCCUGAUAUCAGAUAUAGCUGCAGACCUUGUGAUACAAAUCAAUGAUAUUAAUUAUCUGCUACACAAGUUUGCGCUUCUUCCAAAAUGCGGCCUCUUGCAGAGGCUUUGCUAUGAUUCUAGUGAUUCUGAGAGUGUAUCUGUAGAGCUUCAUGAUAUACCUGGAGGAGAAGAUGCUUUUGAACUCUGUGCUAAGUUUUGCUAUGGAAUUUCAAUCAAAAUCAGUGCCCAUAACUUUGUACCUACACUCAGUGCUGCCAAGUUUCUUAGAAUGAACGACUCCAUUGAGAGGGGAAACUUGGUAGGAAAACUUGAAUCAUUUUUCAAUUCAUGCAUUCUUGAAGGUUGGAAGGAUUCCAUUGCCACGCUUCAGAGUACUGCUACGUUACCAGAGUGGUCUGAGAAUCUUGGUAUUGUCAGAAAGUGCAUUGAUUCAAUUAUUGAGAAAAUUCUCACACCCCCACCACAGGUCAAAUGGUCCUUCACAUACACCAGGCCUGGUUAUACAAAAAAAGAGCAUCAUUCUGUCCCAAAGGAUUGGUGGACUGAGGAUGUUUCUGAUCUUGACAUAGAUCUUUUCAGGUGCAUAGUAAUGGCUAUUAGAUCAACCUAUGUUCUCCCACCACAGCUUAUAGGUGAAGCUUUACAUGUCUAUGCCUGCCGGUGGCUACCCGGCAUCACAAAGCUUAAAACUUCAGGCAGUUCAGUGUCUCAAACAGAAGAGCCCAAUAAAGAGAGAAACAGAAAAAUUCUUGAAACCAUUGUGAGCAUGAUUCCUGCAGAUAGAGGGUCUGUUUCAGUUGGCUUCUUGUUUAGGCUUCUCAGCAUUUCAAUUCAUUUGAGUGCCUCUUCAGUGAUAAAAACAGAACUGAUAAGGAGAGCCAGUUUGCAGUUUGAGGAGGCAACAGUGAGUGACUUGCUUUAUCCUUCAAAAACAUCUUCUGAACAGAACUAUUAUGAUGUUGAGUUAGUUCAAGCAGUGCUGGAAACAUUCUUGAAGCUUUGGAAAAGAAUGUCCCCAGGUGCUGUGGACAACAGCUACUUUUUAAGAUCAGUCAGAAAUGUAGGCAGGCUCAUUGAUUCCUAUCUUCAAGUGGUUGCAAGAGAUGAUAACAUGCAAGUUUCAAAGUUUGUCUCUCUUGCUGAAACUGUGCCGAGUAUUGCUCGAGUAGAUCACGAUGAUCUGUACAAGGCGAUCGACAUCUAUCUUAAGGUGCAUCCUGACAUGAGCAAGACAGACAAGAAGCGCUUGUGUGGGAUUCUAGACUGCCAAAGACUGUCCCCAGAAGUGCGUUCCCAUGCAGUGAAAAACGAGCUUCUGCCAUUAAGAACUGUUGUGCAGCUCCUCUACUUUGAGCAAGAGAAAGGGUCUAAGGCAAAUGCCAGUCAAAAACUGCCAAAACCACAUGAGAUACUUGCAGGAAUAAAACAUAGACCAGCCACAAGGGAUGAUGGCCAGAGCAAGCAAUCUUUAGGCCAAGAUAAAGAGUUCAAUGGAGAAGUGACAAGAACUCAAAGAUUAGAUAGUAAGUUGCCAUUGGAACUAGAAAAAAAGAUGGUUAUCAGAGGAGACACUGAGAGGGAGUUAGAUAAGGUGAGGAGAGCCAAAGAUGAAAGUAGUUCAAGCUGCAAGGUGGAAUUGGAUCCUAAAAGAAUCAUAAGAAGGGCAAGAAGUAAAUCAGAACAUAGCAUGAAAAGGGAAGAUAAAGAUCAUAGAUUAAUAGAAGCGCCGAGUGAUAUCCCUAAGGUAUGAUUAGAUAUAUAAUUUGGAUUUGGAUUACAUUGUAACGAUUAUUAAAAUGAAAUUUGAAAAUUUGAUUCAAUUGAACAAAAGAUUUAUUUUGGAUUAAAUUAAAUGAAAUGAAUGAUGAAACAUUAAAAUUAAAAAUAUGGGUGCAUUGCUGCAUCUCCUAAUGGGUGAAAGGUGAAAAGUAGCAACUAGCAACCAGUCAAGAGGCACGUGGUAAGGUUGGUGAGGAGCAAUGAGCAACGAAGGCGAAGGGGUUUGGUUUCCAUAAUAAAUAAUUUGGUAAAUUAGGUUUAAGCUUGAUCGGAAUCGGAUUGAAUUGCAAUUUUGAAACAUGUCCGGGACUGGGAGUAUGAGUAUUCAUUCACCCUUGAAAGGUGGACCCACAGUGGAUGCUUUGUUCUUCUGGUAUGGAAUUUGAAUUCACAUUCACUAGUAAAGUAAAGUAGUAAUAGGAGUCAUGUUUGGAUAUCUGUAAGAGAUCAUGGUGCAGUGCUUAGACGGAUUAAAG